AUGGCCGACUCUCUGGGUUGGUUUCCAGGGCUGAGGGGCCCCAUACUGGAACCUGAGGAAACUGAGAAACAGGACUACACAGACGAGUUUCAAGGAACUAUUGGUGAAUACCAUGAUUUGCUGGAAAGCCCUGAGCAGUCACCUAAAACUGUCCCCAGACAAACAGGGCUGGAGACAUUCAGAUUCACAGAGGCAGACAGUGUCACUGCAUGGAUGGAAAUCAAACCCCCAACUGGGACCUUAUUUAGGAAUGGACUACCAGACAGGAUCCAGGAUGGAGAUCCUGAAAACGAGCUGAACGAGAGCAACACCAGGGAGAAGGCUGGAUCCCCACUAACAACUUCACAGGAUGGACAGACUCCUCUGAUACAUCUGUCACUCCCACAGAAUGGAGCUAGUAUUGGUAGACCAACACCCAUCCUUCUCUUUCGCUCUGACUAUACAGAGACCCCAGGCUUUAAUCCACUCACUAGGCCUACUUUACCAACCUCAGUGACAGCACAGCUAGGCUCCACUACGGACCCGGACCAAGACCAACCCAUAGCCUUGGCCACAGACAAAGGGUUGCUAUCUCUGGACCAACCAGCCACCCCACACAGAGACAUGAUGGAAGGAGAUAUUGUGAUGGAGACUGGAGACUUCUCAGAAUUGGAGGAUGACACAGAAAACCUCACAGAUUCAGACACAGGUGUGUCUCCAGAGAAGGUGUGGCCUAAGGCAGCCACCAAUAAGACACCUACCCUCAACUGCAGCCUGGAGACCAAGGCCACACCCUGCAACACAAAUCAAUCCUGGAGCCCUGUUUACCCUGAUGACAUCCUCUCAAAUAAAUCCCAGCACCCCAUUCUGUCUCUAACCCCUCCUCUAUUCGUGCCUCUGUAUUCUGAUUGGAACUCAGCUCUGGCCACCUGGGGCUUUGCCUGGGAGGUCCACAUCUAUGGUCUAGGAUCUGUGUUCGCUGCAUUAGGUCUGAUAUCUGUACUCUGCCUGUUAGGCCUGCCCCUGCGCUGCCCCCCUGGAAGCCCCUACUUCACCCUGCUGCAUCUGUUCCUCCUGGCCACUGGAGGCACUAGAGCAUUCACUCUGCUGUAUGAUGCUUAUAGUCACCAGGACCGCCUGUCUGCUCUGGGCUCUCUCCUACUUUCUGAGCUACCCUUACCCUGCCUCACCUCUGCCUUCUCACUCUCCUUCCUCCUCAUCUCCCUCCGCUCUCGCAUGCACCUCUCCCUCCCUUUCUCCCUCUCGCUCUCCCUCCCUCUCUCAGCUCUACCCCGGCCCUGUCUCUUGUUCUCCCUUUCCCUGUUGCACUUUGGGGCCUCCCUGGGCUCCAUAACUCUCUUCCAUGUCUUCCCCAGCCUCCCUGUCCUCCUCCUACUCCCCCAGGGAAUGUUCAUCCUCCUCUGCCUCCUCCUCCCCUGCUCCUUCCUUCUCUUCUACUGCUUUGUACGACAAGACACCAAGCAUGUCCAACGGCUGAGUGAUGGUGAAGGAGAGGUAACAGGUUCCCCGGUGUUGGUGGGGCGGCCGUCCCGCUGCCCAUUCGCUGAGGCUGGGGAGUGGAGCAGGGCGGCAGGGGCUGGGGUAGGAGGGUCUCUGUGCCUGUUAAGCUGUGGGGGGCUCCAGCUGUAUGGGAUGUUACAUGCAAUGGGGUUUGGAGGGGUGAGUGCUGGGGCAGGGUUUCAGCCCUGGCCUUGGUGGGGCUACCAGCUGGGCUGCAGGCUCUGUGAGGUGGGGGUGUGUCUGUCCUUGUCAAUCAUCGGCACUCAUCCCCUCCUCUUCUGUUGCUCCAACUCCUGCCCCUGGACUAAACCCAACUGCAACCCCCGUCCGGGGUCCUGGGUGCAGCUGCCCUGUGCCUCACCCUCAGGAGGGCCUAGCUACCCCCUUCCCCUCUCGCCAGCCAUCCCCCCUCCCUGCCCCUGGUCCCUGGGGCAGGAAGAGAAGCUGGUGGUGUGUGAUGUCAUCAGUAAGCGCCAGUCCGAAGCGUUCCCCCUUUAUACACUAAUGGACCCCCCCUCAAACGGACUGAACCUGCAUCCUAACCUUAACACCCACCCUGGCCAGACCAGAACCUCAAGACACCCCCACCUCCCUGACCCUCCCAGCCCACCAUGGAUGCCUCAAGCUGGGGUUGCAUCCCAGGGCUCUUCCCAGGCUAGUCUAGUUCUGGACACUGACUCCACAAUGUACCUGCGCCCCCCUCCAAUCGACCUGUCCCGGAGCAUAGACCAGGCCCUGUACAGUGAAACCCUGUUCCCUCACAGUCUCUUCAGUCAUCCCAGGCUACUCCACGCAUCCUCCAGCCUCUCCUUGAACUCCCCUGGCUCCCACCUCAGCCAGAGUGCCUCACAACCUGGACACAGCUCAGCCGACAGCUCCCUCUACCGGAGCUCUUCAUGUAGAGAUGUUGAUAUGUCUCCUACACGGCCUCCCCAGCCAGGGUGCUUCCUCCCAGGCCACGGUGAUCCCAUCUCUCCCCCUGAGCGCUGGUGGAGAGGUAGUAACUCCAGCUGCAUGUGCCAGGAAUCCCUGAGUGGGUCUUCCCAGGGUCUGUUCUCCAGACCGGGGACAGGAGGGGCGCAUUCGCAUCCCCACUCCACGAGAGGGCAGCUCCCCUCCCAGAGCAGUCUGCCCAGGACGCUCCCCAACCUCUCCCACCACAGACGCUACCGCACCCUCAGCUCCGCCUCACAGGACAGUCAGGGGGAGGGGCGGCUGGCGAGCAGAGAGGACCUGAGUGAAAGCAAGUUGCUGGAACGGGAUCUGGCCGUACAAGCGGAGUUCGUCAACGUGUGCCGACAGAUCGAUGCUCUUAGCGUGUGCAGUGACACUAUUGACCUGUAGGUCGAUACUACUGGGUUUGAACCAUGAGUCAUCUACAUUUACAUUUAAGUCAUUUAGCAGACGCUCUUAUCCAGAGCGACUUACAAAUUGGUGAAUUCACCUUCUGACAUGCGCCACAAGACACUGUUAGUCUGCAGAGCUAAACCAAUAUAUUUAUCUGUUAUGUAAGGACAUAAGGAUAUGAUGUAAAAUGCACAGAGAUUAUAUAUUAACCUCUAGAGAGAUCUAAGGACUUAACUGAUAAGCUAACAUUUGUGUUUGAGUGGUUAACAUUGAGCUCAAUUAGUUUUUUCACUGCUACAUCAGACGUGUUUGGAGGCAUUACUAUUAAUUACAGUUUUCUGGGAUUCUACAUGUAGAAAAUAGACAUAAAUUAGACUUAAUUAGAACUAAAUAAAGAGAUACAGCUCUAUUUGAUCAGUUAUAAGUGUACAGUUAUAGAGUUACAAUAAGUGCUAAAUGAACCAACUUUCUGAACCAACCAAUGUGGAGUAGAUUAGAACACUAAUGUCAGUGUAGUGUUGACGAUAGCCAUAGACAUUUGCAAGAUCACUUCAGGCUUUAGUGGUACUUACUGGGGGAGAGUGAACAUAGUGUAGCAAAUGCUGUCAUACCUUACAUUAUAUCUGUUUUUUUAUUAAAACAUUUGUUCUUAUAAAGCAUUUAUAACUGGUGCCCUACCACAAGCGUAUCUGUUUAAGUCGCAACAGCAAUAUCAACCAGGAGUUGUGUUAGAGUGUCCAAGUGCCAAAUGUUGCUAUGGAACCAACACCAAAUCAAUCUGAGAGAUCUAACAACGUUUUUCAGACAGGAACUAAUCUAACUGAAAACCAGCUCAUCCUCUGAUAUUCACACUGACUUCAAACCUUUUUUCUACAAAGAGUAUAUGUGUCAUACUGUACAUACAUCAUUGAAGGCUGUGUAAAAUGUUUUAUUUGUAAAUACAAUGUACAUGGAAAACAUUUAUACUGUAUGGCAUGUAUCAUAGACAAGGUAUGAUAAACAAAACAUUACGUUUA